AUGAAAGGACGGUUCCCGGCUGUGGCGCCGGUGGAGGUGGCGCUGCCUCUGCAGCCGGAUCCAGAUCCGGAUCCGGUGCUGUGGAGCCCGGAGGGGGAAGCGUCCGACGCGCCUGGAGGGGAGCGCCGACUGCGGGGCCCGGCGGCGGGUCGUACUGGAAAGAUGAAACCUGAUGACACUCCUAUGUUUGACCCAAGUCUACUCAAAGAAGUGGACUGGAGUCAGAAUACAGCUACAUUUUCUCCAGCUAUUUCUCCAACACACCCUGGAGAAGGCUUGGUUUUGAGGCCUCUUUGUACUGCUGACUUAAAUAGAGGUUUUUUUAAAGUACUGGGCCAGCUGACAGAGACUGGAGUUGUCAACCCUGAGCAAUUUAUGAAAUCUUUUGAGCGUAUGAGGAAAUCUGGGGACUAUUAUGUUACAGUUGUAGAAGAUGUGACCCUAGGACAGAUUGUCGCUACAGCAACUCUGAUAAUAGAACAUAAAUUCAUCCAUUCCUGUAUGAUGAUACUAAACUUAUUGUGGCUGGUGACAGCAUCUGGAAUAGAGGCCAAAUAUGGCCUGGUUUUGGGAAAGUCAAUGAAGCACACAUACCAAGUGGUCUCUAUUCCAGAUUUGCAGUCUGAAGCUGCUGCAUCCCAGAUGUAUGAUUGUGGCUCUUCCUGCUCCGGCACUACCCCUGUAUUCCUAAUGGGGGCCAUUGGGUCUCCUUUCACCUGCUGUUGGAUUUUACAGUCCACUUACAUCCUAUCGACACAUCAGCAUGUUCUGCUGCAACCAGGCACGUUGGCAAUCCGGGAGCUGCGCCAGCUUCAUUCUGUUCACAGGUUCACAUUCGGUCCCCCUGUAGCAGUCCCUCCUUGUACCCUGCCUUCCAAUGAUGCUAUCACUGAAGGUCACAAGCUAUCUUUCAGCAGUGCCUGUUUAUAUCCUCUCUAG